CGCUGCCUGCGGGCCCGCGCCGCGCCCAGCCGGCGCCCAGGAAACCCAAAACAAUCGAGUACGUCUUGUCAAGAUUUUGGGGACCCUGUCUUCAAGGCUAGAAGCAAGUCUGCACUGCACCCAUGUGCCCAUGCGUGAAGAGUUAGGUCGGAGCGGGCGCAGAGGGCACCGCCACGUGCCCCGAGCCAAUGUGCUCCUAUGAGCUACAAGCCCUGCCUUCCAGUGCUGGUGGUGACCGGCCGUGUUCACAGAAAUAUCCUGAAAGACAGAGUGGCGAUGAAAAGGUGAAGAAAUCUGUGUCUGGGGCACAAGAAGGAAUCUGGCCGGGUUUUUAUGAGCUGAGCUACUCCCACAAUGAGGGGGCCGGGCUAGGGAUGGUUGGCCAUGGAGAAGUUGUGGGAAGCUUGUCCCCCAGGGGAUGGGGGGUUUAUUUCCAAUAAAGGAGACUUCAAACCAGAGGAGGACGAUGACAACCAAAACCCCGGUGGUGGCAUGGGAAGAACAGACUUUAAAAGUGAGCCGGAGGACCCGAGGCAGGCCGACCGUGGGGAGCUGGCCGGGAUGCAGGCAGACUGUGCCUGCCGGCCGCCUCCCGAGAGCGAGGAUGACUGCGGCGCCCUCUUCUCCCAGUACAGCAGCACGCUCUACAGCGUGGCCAUGGAGGCCGUGGCCCAGAGCCUCCUCUCCAGCCGGCACGCCAGCUCCAGGAAGAAGUCUCCCGCUUGGAAGCAUUUCUUCAUCUCUCCUCGAGACAGUACCAAGGCGAUAUGCACAUACUGCAUGAAGGAGUUCAGCCGGGGCAAGAACGAGAAAGACCUGAGCACCAGCUGCCUCAUGAGGCACGUGAGGCGGGCCCACCCCACCAAGCUCCUGCAGGAGGACGGAAGCCUGUCGUCGGGGGCCGCCUGCCCCUCCCCCUCGGCCCUGCUCCCACCCCCGCCCACCGACGGUGGGGACCUUGGCACCACACUGUCGCCCAACAGACUCGUCCAGAAAAUGGCCCCUAAGAUCCCAUCCCCUGACCGAGUGAAGGAGGAGUCCGUGUCUGUGGUCUUCUCUGAGGAGGCUUCCUCCGAUGUGGCCAUCGCUGAGAAGUAUGGCCGAGAUGAGGCCCUGGCCGGGGCCCUCCCCCACCUCCCCGCACUCCAUGGCGACGAAGCUGCAGAGAACAUGGCCGAGAGGAGCUUGGCCCUUCCAAAGGGUUCGUCGGGGUCCAGGCGGCGGUCAGCCGUCUGGAAGCACUUCUACCUGUCCCCCCUGGACAGCUCCAAAGCGGUGUGCGUGCACUGCAUGAACGAGUUCAGCCGCGGGAAGAACGGCAAGGACCUGGGCACCAGCUGCCUCAUCAGGCACAUGUGGAGGGCCCACCGCUCCAUCGCGCUGCAGGAGAACGGGGGUGGCGCCAGCAUUCCGCCCCUGUACCCCGCGCCCCCCACCCUCCUGCCCACCCUGCUGCCUCCCGAGGCGGAUCCAAGCUCGGGGGUGCUGUCGCUGGGGAAGCUGGUGAGAGGGUGCCCUUCUGCCGCCUCCUCCCCAGACAGGCUGGGCGAGGACCCCGGGGACGUGUCUGUGUUGUCGUCCUCUGACGAGCUCGCCGAGGCAUCCCUGCUGUCCUCUCUGGAGAAGCGGCCGGCGGGCCCGGUGAGUCCCCGGCAGGGGCCGGGGGGGAUCUUCCAGCAGAACAAGAAGGUCAUGAGGAGGCUCAAGUCGGAGGUGUGGCACCAUUUCUCGCUGGCCCCUAUGGACAGUCUGAAGGCCGUGUGCCGGUACUGCGGCUGCGUCAUCAGCCGAGGGAAGAAAGGGGACGUGGGCACCAGCUGUCUGAUGCGGCACCUGUACCGACGCCACCCAGAGGUGGUGGGGGGCCAGAAGGACCUCCUGGGUGCGAGCUUGGCAAACCCUCCGUAUGCCACGUUGGCUUCUGCAGAAAGAGCCUCCAAACGGAUAGACUUGCCGACAGCGGCCAGAAGAAAUAGCCCAUUCCUCUUCCCCGUAAGCAGCAAGAAGACCUCCAAGCUGUGGAACCACUUUUCGGUUUGCUCCGCGGACUCCACCAAGGUGGUGUGUCUGCACUGCGGCCGGACCAUUAGCAGGGGCAAGAAGCCCACCAACUUGGGCACCAGCUGCCUCCUGCGCCACCUGCAGCGGUUCCACAGCCACGUGCUCAAGGCCGACGCCCCCGAGGCUGCGGAGCCCCGUCCCCCUGGCGUCCGCGCGCCCCCGAGCAUGGAGCCCUCGGAGCCCUCCCUCAGCAAGCCUGCUGAGAAGUUUUAUGACUCUCAUCCAGUUGCCAAAAAAAUCACAAGUCUCAUAGCAGAAAUGAUUGCACUUGACCUCCAGCCAUACUCUUUCGUGGACAAUGUGGGCUUUAACCGGCUGCUCGAGUACUUGGAACCCCAGUACACAUUACCCUCCCCGUCCUACUUCUCCAGGACAGCCAUCCCGGGCAUGUACGACAGUGUGAAGCGGAUCAUCAUGUCCCAUCUGAAGGAGGCCGAGAGCGGAGUGGUCCACUUCACCUCGGGAAUUUGGAUGAGUAGCCAGACCCGCGAGUACCUGACCCUGACUGCGCACUGGGUCACCUUCGCGCCCUCCGCCCACUCGCACUGUGAGGACCACCACUGCUCCGCUCUGCUGGACGUGUCACAGAUCGACUGCGACUACAGCGGCAGCGGCAUCCGCAGGCAGCUGCAGUGCUGGUGGGAAGCCUGGGUGACCUCCAUCGGCCUCCGGGUUGGCAUCACCGUCACUGACAACCCCAGCAUCGGCAAGACACUGAGUGAGGGCGAGCACUCCAGCGUGCAGUGCUUCAGCCACACGGUGAACCUGAUCGUGAGCGAGGCCAUCAAGAGCCAGAGGAUGGUGCAGAACUUACUGAGCACUGCGCGGAAGCUCUGCGAGCGCGUGCACCGCUCGCCCAGGGCGCGCGAGAAGCUGGCGGAGCUGCAGAAGGAGUACGAGCUGCCACCGCACCCGCUGAUCCAGGACGUGCCCUCCCGGUGGAGCACCUCCUUCCACAUGCUCGAGCGGCUCAUCGAGCAGAAGAGGGCCGUCAACGAGAUGUCGGUUGAGUGCAACUUCAGAGAGCUCAUCAGCUGCGACCAGUGGGAGGUGAUGCAGUCCGUGUGCCACGCACUGCGGCCCUUCGACACGGCAAGCCAGGAGAUGAGCGCCCACGUGUCCACGCUGAGCCAGGUCAUCCCCAUGAUCCACAUCCUCAGCAGGAAGGUGGAGAUGCUGUUUGGGGAGACGAUGGGCAUUGACACCAUGCUGAAGUCGCUGAAGGAAGCCAUGGCAAGCCGCCUGUCCGCCACCCUCCACGACCCCAGGUACGUCUUCGCCACCCUGCUGGACCCUCGCUACAAAGCCUCCCUCUUCACAGAGGAGGAAGCGGAGCAGUACAGGCAAGACUUAAUCAGGGAGCUAGAAAUACUGAAUUCUACCUCAGAGGACACGGCUACCUCCAAUGGCUGUGACUCAGGGUCCCCAUCGAAAGACUGCAGCGGGGAGGAGAGUCUGUGGUCACUGGUGGCCAAAGUGGAGAGGAGAGAUGGGAGGGAGAAGCUUCCUGAAGACAUGGUGCUGGCGUACUUGGAGGAGGAGGUGCUGGAUCACAGCUGUGACCCACUUACCUACUGGGGCCUGAAGCGCGCCUCCUGGCCUGGGCUGUCCACCUUGGCGGUCAGGUUUCUGGGCUGUCCCCCAAGUACCGUCCCUUCGGAGAAGCUGUUCAGCACGCCCACGGAGGCUGGUGGCUGCGGCCAGCCCAGGCUCUUGACAGAGCAUUUUGAAAAACUCAUCUUCUUGAAAGUGAAUCUCCCCCUGAUAUACUUCCAGUAUUGAACUCGCCAUGGCACCUGCAGACUGGAGGUGUUCUAAGUAGCGCUGGCUGCUUUACCGAGGCUGUGGCCUGCCUAGCAGGCCAUGGAGGCCGCAGACCAGGCAUCAGGCCACUUGCCGCCGUCCCAUCCGCACGUGCCUUACUCCUCCUGUGGGCCAGGUGUCGCCGUGCCGUGUUCCAGACGUCACUAGACACAGCCUGUCUUGUCCCUUAUGAAAUAGGAUGAUCAGGUUUUAAUUCCUAACUGUAAAGAUUUUUAAAACUUAAGGAUAGUCAUUUGUUUUCUAGAAUGCAGAGAAGAUGUAAAUAAUUUUAUUCUAUAGGCUUUUUAUUCAAUUGUGUAAAAAAAAAAAAAAAAAAGCAAAAAAAAAACCAAAUCAGGUGCUGUAUUUCAGUUCAAUGUCGCUUUGUUUGCAACAAGACAGCUUUUUUUGCUGUCAGACAAACCCUGUGAGCUGGAGGAGGUGGCGAUGAGGCCGUCCUGAGCGGCUCUGUACCGCAGGCCCCCGGGUGUGUGGAGGGGGCUGAUGUGUGCUGCAGCCAUGACACAGCAUUUGAACGCAAAGCUGAGCUUAGACGUGCAGCACCAGUGGAGUGGUGGCCUGGUCCCAGCACCUCCCCAUCACAGGUGUUUACCUUCAGGUUUUACAGGUAACUCAGAGAUAACCCAACUAUUUAUCAUGAGCUCCUUGAAAUUGGAUCCGCGUCGGUAAAUUCUACCUAGGAUUUAGCCAGUGCGUGGUAACGCUACGUUUACAGCGGACGCCUGUGGGUCAGACCUCCACGCCUGUGAUGCGUCUGUGCUGUGAUACAGCAGUGUGUGCACUGACCCCAGUGUGCUCAGAUCCAGCCCCAGGCUCCCCGGGGGCCAGGGCUUCUUGGCAGGGAAAGUGUGCACUGGGGAUGGCUAAUGCACUCGGACUUAGUUCUGUGACCGGAAAAGCAGCCAUCACUGGGGAACCCAGAAUCCAGCAGACGUCCGAUGAGAUAGCCCUUGUCAGCUUCUCUUAACAAUGUCUUUAUUUUCUCAUUUCACAUCAGUCACAUAGUCCAAGUGAGGCUCAUCACUCACCCGCCAUGACCUUCACAAGUCAUUGUGUUACAAUACUGUACCUCUGCUCAAUGAAAUUUGCCUGGACUAUGCUUUAGUGUAUUUAUAAAUGGUGAACUCAGUUUCUGAAAUUAAACUUUUUAUUUGCAA